AUGGUGGAAAUCGAGGGCGAACGGGUGCUCGCGGCAUCCUGCAUCCGCAAGCCGGCCGAGGGAAUGGAGGUCAGAGCCUCGGUGGAGCGCGCCGUGCGAGCCCGUGACAUGGUGAUGGAGCUGCUGAUCGCCGAUCAGCCUCCGCCCGAGUCCAGCCACGACCCGUCUUGCGAGCUGUGGGAUUGGGCGGCGAGCAUGGAGCGCACAACGAGCCGCUUCCCGGCUCGGCAGUCCCCGGCUCCCGACCUCAGUCACACGGCGAUGGCGGUCAACCUCGAUGCCUGCAUCCAUUGCACGCGCUGCGUGCGCGCCUGCCGCGAGGUGCAGGUCAACGACGUGAUCGGCAUGGCAGGCCGCGGGGCGCGCAACAAGAUCGUCUUCGACUUCGACGAUCCCAUGGGCGAGAGCACCUGCGUCGCCUGCGGCGAAUGCGUGCAGGCCUGCCCGACCGGCGCCCUCAUGCCGGCCAAGGAGGUCGGCAAGGAGACGCCGGCUAAGAAGGUGGAGAGCGUCUGCCCCUAUUGCGGCGUCGGCUGCCAGCUCACCUUCAACGUCAAGGACAACAAGAUCCUCUGGGUCGACGGCAAGGACGGCCCGGCCAAUCACGGCAGGCUCUGCGUCAAGGGCCGCUUCGGCUUCGACUAUGUCAAUCACCCCCAUCGGUUGACGACGCCGCUGAUCCGCAGGGACGAUGCACCCAAGUCGGCCGAUAUCGACAUCGACCCGGCCAAUCCCCUCACCCACUUCAGGGAAGCGAGUUGGGACGAAGCGCUCAACCGGGCCGCCGAGGGUCUCGGGCGGAUCCGCGACCAGCACGGCGCCGGAACCCUCGCCGGUUUCGGCUCGGCCAAGGGCUCGAACGAGGAGGCCUACCUCUUCCAGAAGCUCGUGCGCACAGGCUUCGGCACCAACAAUGUCGAUCACUGUACGCGGCUCUGCCACGCCUCGUCGGUGGCAGCGCUGCUCGAAUGCAUCGGCUCCGGAGCCGUCACGGCAAGCUUCAACCAGGUCGAGCAUUCAGACGUUAUCAUCGUCAUCGGCGCGCAGCCCACCACGAACCAUCCGGUGGCCGCGACCUUCUUCAAGAACGCGGCGAAACGUGGGGCGAAGCUGAUCGUCAUCGACCCACGCGGCUCGACGCUCGCCCGCCACGCGAGCCACUUCCUUCAGUUCAAGCCCGGCACGGACGUGGCGCUCCUCAACGCGCUGAUGAACGUCAUCGUCGAGGAAGAGCUUUACGACCGGCAGUAUGUCUCGGCCCACACGGAGGGCUUCGAGCAGCUUCGAAGCCAUCUCAAGGAUUACGCACCGGAGGAGAUGGGGCCGGUCUGCGGCAUCGAGCCCGAUGUCCUGCGUGAGGUCGCGCGUCUCUAUGGGCGUGCGGAAGCGGCGAUCAUCUUCUGGGGCAUGGGCAUUUCCCAGCACAUUCACGGCACCGACAACGCGCGCUGCCUCAUCUCGCUGGCGCUGAUCGCCGGCCAGGUGGGCCGUCCGGGCACCGGCCUGCAUCCGCUGCGCGGGCAGAACAACGUGCAGGGCGCUCCGACGCCGGGCUCAUCCCCAUGA